CUAGUCUGCGCACAGACUCCUCUCGUGGUUGCGCUCGCACUCUGCGCUCGCUCCUGUCUGUCUCUGCUGGACCUUUUCUCCUGCAAGUCGCUCUGCUCUUUAUCCUUUUCUUUGCGCGCGCGCGUGUGGAUACAAUGCAACUUUCUCUCAUGCUGAUUUGAAGGGGGAGAUCCAGAACCGAGCCGAGGCGAACCGAACCGAUCCCUGUUCACAACCCGCUUUCACCUGUAGCUCAAACCACCAUCCAAUCUGAGUGGCGACGAGGAGGCGGCACGCGGCUGAAGCCAUGCCCUGCAUCCAGGCUCAGUACGGCUCCUCUCCGCAGGGCGCCAGUCCGGCGUCCCAGAGCUACAGCUGCCCGGGGAGCAGCGAGUACAGCUGUGACUUCCUCACCCCCGAAUUUGUAAAGUUCAGCAUGGACCUGACCAACACUGAAAUCACGGCGGCCACCACGUCACUGCCCAGCUUCAGCACGUUUGUGGACAGCUACAACGCUGCCAAUGGCACCACUGGUGGCGCCGGUGGCAGCAGCACGAACCUGGGCUACGACGUUAAGCCACCCUGCCUGUACCAGCUGCCCCACUCGGGCGACCCCUCGUCCAUCAAGGUGGAGGACGUAACCCUGCACGGUUACCCCCACCAUCACCACCACCACCACCACCCUCACCCACACCACCCACACCAGGGCCACCUGGGUCCUCAGCCAGAGGAGAUAAUGGUGACCCACUCGGGCUCCGUCUACUUCAAACCACCCUCAUCCUCUUCCUCCUCCUCUUCAUCCUCCUCCUCUUCCUCCUCGUCCUCCUCACCCCACGCACACGCGCCCAGCACCCCGGGCUUCCAGCUACAGGCCGCUCCCGCGUGGGAGGACCCGGCGGGCCCCCUGCACGCCUUCCACCACAGCUACGUGCUAGAGCAGCGCAAGCACAACCCGGUCUCCAGGCUCUCGCUCUUCUCCUUCAAGCAGUCUCCGCCCGGCACGCCCACCGUCUCGAGCUGUCAGAUGCGCUUCGACGGCCCGCUGCACGUGGCCAUGAGCCACGAGCCCUCGGGGCCGUCUCCGCACGGGGCACCGGGCUUUGCCAUGCCCGGCGCGCUCAGGAAGCAGGCGGCCGUGGCCUUCCCGCACGCGCUCCCGCUGGCAGGCCACCACGCGCACGCACACGCGCAUCAGCUGCUGGACGCGCAGAUCCCGUCGCCGCCGUCGCGCGGCUCGCCGUCCAACGAGGGCAUGUGCGCCGUGUGCGGGGACAAUGCCGCGUGCCAGCACUACGGGGUCCGCACGUGCGAGGGCUGCAAAGGCUUCUUCAAGCGCACUGUGCAGAAGAAUGCAAAAUAUGUGUGUUUGGCGAACAAAAAUUGUCCUGUGGAUAAGCGUCGGAGAAACCGGUGCCAGUACUGCCGCUUCCAGAAGUGCCUUGUUGUCGGGAUGGUCAAAGAAGUUGUUCGGACUGCCAGUCUGAAGGGCCGAAGAGGCCGUCUGCCCUCCAAACCCAAAAGCCCCCAGGAGCCCACUCCUGCCCCACCACCAGUCAGUCUCCUCAGUGCGCUGGUCAGGGCCCAUGUGGAUUCUAACCCCACCAUGUCCAGCCUGGACUACUCCAGGUUCCAUGCCAGCCCUGACUACCAGCUGAGCGGAGAUGACACGCAACACAUCCAGCAGUUCUACGACCUUCUGACGGGCUCCAUGGACAUCAUCCGGGCCUGGGCACAGAAGAUUCCUGGCUUUACGGACCUCCCCAAGCAGGACCAGGACCUUCUGUUCGAAUCUGCAUUUCUGGAGCUGUUUGUCUUGCGCCUGGCCUACAGGUCCAACCCAAUGGAAGGUAAGCUGAUCUUCUGCAACAGCGUGGUGCUGCACAGGCUACAGUGUGUGCGUGGCUUCGGUGAAUGGAUUGAUGCCAUUGUGGAGUUUUCCUCCAACCUGCAGAGCAUGAACAUAGACAUCUCAGCCUUCUCCUGCAUCGCAGCUCUCGCCAUGGUCACAGAGAGACACGGGCUGAAGGAGCCGAAGAAGGUGGAGGAACUCCAGACUAAGAUCGUGAACUGUCUAAAGGACCAGCUGGCCUUCCCCGGGGGAGGAGGAGGGGGCGGUGGAAGUGGUCCUGUCCGGCCUGCCCCCCUGUCCCGCCUGCUGGGGAAACUGCCCGAGCUGCGCUCGCUCUGCACUCAGGGCCUGCAGCGCAUCUUCUACCUGAAGCUGGAGGACCUGGUGCCCCCGCCCGCAAUAAUAGACAAGCUGUUCUUGGACACGCUGCCGUUCUAGAGACACUUUCACACCGACCUCAGAGAACUGACCGCUUCCACAGACUCCUCAAGCCUUUUGAUUUCCUUUCCUUUCGCUGUUACUGACUCCACGACUGACAUCGAGAAGUUCGAGAUGUUCGGAUCCGUCAAACCAAACCAAACGAAGAGCGACCGUCUUCAACUCAAGUGAUACUUUUAUUUAAUUUCAUGGGUUUCGUUGGUUUGUUUUUCCCGAUUAGCCUAUAAAUGUUCAAAGAUGUGAAUAAACGAGACGUUCUAGUUUGGUUAAUCUGACUGUGGGACAAAGUGGGACAAACACGAGUCACUCAUUAUUGCCAUUAUUAAAAAACAACCACCCUGGAGAUCACCUGCUAAAUGUAAUAUAAUGCAUUUAUAUAUACAAAUGCGAUAGAUUUAUUCGCGUAAUUUUUAAGUGUAUAAAGAGGAAAAGAGGUUGUUUUUUUCUUUCUUUCUUUUCUAACUUGUGCCUGUGUGUUUCUGUCAGAAUCGAAGAGGAGAGAAAAUAAAUAAAAACAUUAUAAAAUACUACUAAAUAAAAAAGCAGGCAUGUUUGUAGAGGACUAUAGGCCCUUUGCUAUGGAGGUGAUGUCUAUAUAAUCCAGCAUUACUCUUCUUAUUCCGGACACUAUGUAGUCUGAUAGAUUUUAUAACGAUUGGUAGUUCUGGGAGAAACUUUUCUGUAUUGGCUCAUUGUGGAGGAGAACAAGCAGAAGAAGAAUAAGAAGAUAAAGAAGCAGAAGAUAAAAGAGUAUUUAAUCUGUAUAGGUCAAAGAAAAAAGGGACCCAUAGUGUUUGUAAAGCUGUCAGACAUUCCUUCUUGUUUGUAUGUGUCGUAUGUAUUGUUGCUGUUUUAAUAUAAAAACGUUUCUAUAUUUAUUAUUAUCACCAUGAUGAUGUUUUCUUUUUCAAGCGCGUGGUGCAGUCUGGACGAGCCCAGCAGACUUCCAGCUUCGCGCUUCUUGUUUCUUCUUUGUUCUGUCUGAGGAACAUCAGCAGCAACUUUUUCGUGUUUUUAUCAUUAAGUUAUUUUUCGUUUGCCAUCUCUACUGAAGAAGUCCGUCCUAUAUAUCUAUAUCUAUAUAUUUAUCCAUAAAUAUAUUUACAGAGCCAUAUAUUUGUGUGCAGAGCAUCACUACCCCUUUUUCGAUGGUGUAACAAAGUUCCGAAAACACUCCGGAAAAGACCACCGGACAGAAUUAUUUAAUGUUUUACAAAUA